AUGCCCCGUGAUCAGGUUUUCCAGGAGGGUUUGCCAGCUUUGAAUCCCCAGCCGCAAGCACCGGACUUGCUCUAUGCCCCCGCGGUCCGAUCCAUCAUACCUCUAGAGGCUGGGACGGCACUUGGAAACGGCCCUGCCAUAAACGCCCCAGAGUCAUCAUUGAUCCAACUAAGACAGAGUGUUGCGUCCACCGCGGAGGCUGUCCCAAAUGCAGUGGGUGACCGCACAACCCAGUCUGUCACCACCCUUCCUAGGGAAUUGCGGGUGGUUCAAAGUGAUGUCCAGCUCACAAAAAGAAAGAGGGGGAAGUUAAACGAGGGAACCCGACAAAAGGUUAAGCGCGUUAGAAAGCUCGGCGCAUGCGUUCGCUGUCGAGUAUACCAUGAAUCUUGUGAUGAUAAUCUACCAUGCAAUCGUUGCCAGCAAACUGAAUUAUCAGCUACAAUCUUCACUCAGCCCUGUUAUAGAGAGCCCUUGGAUAAGAUAAUAACCUUUAGGGCAGGUAAGGACUGGGUGAAAACUGCACGUUUAUGCGCUUCAGGUGACUGUGCUAAGAUAGACAUAGGCAAUAGUCGAGCGAAUCAAACAAGAUCCGAGCUACCGCAUUUGCGGUGGGCGGCGGAUAAUCUAUCGCAAAGGAUCAUUCGAGUUCAGUAUCCAUUUACGAUUCACUCAGACACGCCAAGACCAACAAUGCCUAUCAUCUGCCAAAAAUUCACCCCUAAGAGCACAGACAUCCUCAAAGACGUUUGGGAAGGAGAGAAUGGGGACAGGCUGUAUGACACGGAUGCCACUACGAGCGAUUUGGAAGGAUACAUCGAAGAAUGUUCAACGCUUCUUGACAAUGAUCUAAGAGCCUCAGCUUCGGAUGACAUAUCGAAACACACGUUCUUAGAGGCGAAGCGCUUUGCGUUGGCUAACUCUGAUUCAUGCGUGGCUGCCGCUCUAAAGAUAAGACUGAUUUCCUAUUUUUGUCAGGAAAGCGUGAUAAUCGUUGGGGACGAAACACUUGGGAUAGCAAAAGUCGAGGAUACGCGAUUCCCAAUAUCCGGCCAAGUUCCAGUACCGAGUGUGCUGGACUUUCAGAUCGACACAAUAGCCAUCCACCUCAUGCUCAGGCUCAUCAAGAGUGUAGUUUCUCGCCUCAAGAAAAUCAUAUAUGGCCGGAGAAACAAAGAGAAGUGGUACGAGGUAUAUUUGACAUGCUUCAUUCUACUGGGGUGCCUCGAAAAGGUGUACUCUCUGCAGUUAGGUUAUAUGGGAAUGGGUGAUGCCAUGGACAAGGAUGUUGUGAUGCACGUGAAUUACAUAUCCAGGUCGAUGAUGGAAGAAUGGCAGUAUUCGGCAAAGAAUCUCAUUUUCCAUUUCCGCUGCAUUCUUCGAGGAAUGGAUCCAUUUUCAUUUGACUGGGAAGGGCCCCAUGAACGGAUUGGAGAAGCUGCUACUGCGAACCUCGAUGACCCGGCAAUACUUUAUCUACGACGGGUCACCAGCCUUUUGAAAGAGCAGAAAGAGAAUAUCCGUGCUGCUCGAAACCGUAUUGGAGAACCGAUAUCAUGGAUAUCGGAGCUGUUUCUACCUGAUGACGGUAGCCCACAAUCUGUAACAUCUGUUACAGAAGCAUAG